AUGCAUUUCGAUCUGCAAGCUGCAGUCUCAAAAUAUCAAAGUUCGGAAAUCAGCUCGCCUUUCAUUAGCUACGGACUGGUCGUCCUUGCUAUAUGCCUCUGGUGGAAAUUUACCGGGCUAGAUAACCCUUCUGGCCUUCCCGUAAUUGGCAGAAGAUGGUAUGAGCUCGGCUAUGGCAAAGCUAAACAGCGAUUCCGAGAUGACUGCCUAGGCACUGUUAGGUCUUGCGCGAAGAAGUAUGGAGAUGCUUUCUAUCUCUAUACCGAUGGUAGUUAUCGCUUAAUUCUCACCCACAACUAUGUCGAGAUGCUUCGCAAUGAAAAGCGACUGGAUUUUAUCACGGCGCUUGCCGAUAAACUUGACAGUGGCGUGCACGGUUUUGAGCCAAUGUCAUCAAUGACCAGCGACGAGAAAAUUCUGCACGCCGUGACGAAGAGCUCGCUCAAUCGCUACUUAGGGACAUUUGUUGAGCCCCUCAAUGAGGAGUCUGACUAUGCACUUCGUCAGAUCUGGACUGACGACCCCGACGGAAAAGAGUAUAUGUUGAAGGAUUCUGUGUGGAAGAUGUUUGCCCAGAUAAUGUCGAGGACGUUUAUCAAUGAUGAGGACUUCUAUCGGAACCCGGAGUGGGUGAAUUCAAGCGCCGAGUAUGUCGAACUGUCAGCCUUAGCAGGAUAUGAACUUCGAGCAUUCCCCAAAUGGGCAAAGCGUUUCGCUGCGCCUUUUCUCCCAAAUUGUCGAAAGCUUCAGUCGCUUUAUCAACACAUCAACACUCUCUUGGAGCCCUUGAAUGAAAAGCUCAAUGGGCAAGGUCUGGACAGUGAUCCUAAGAACCCUCUUAGUUUCUUACAUCAAAGGCUUGAAGGACAAUCGGAUGAGCUGACAUCCAUGUUAAUUGCUCUCUGUCUUGUUUCAUACGAUGGAGGGGCUGAGUUAUUCACUAAUGUUCUUCAUUCGGUUUGGGGCAACAAGCAACUGGUAAAGGAUCUUCGUGCUGAGAUUGUCAGUGAAGUUGGGAAAGAGGGAUUCAACAGGAACUCCUUACAAAAUCUCGUGCUCAUGGACAGUGUCCUGAAGGAGGCUCAGCGUAUGCAUCCCGAGUCCGUCCUUCUCAUGCAGCGAAAGGCUCUGGAGAGAGUCGUGUUGCCUGACGGUCUGAUUAUACCCAAAGGAACAACCAUCAUGGUCUCUGCCUGCGAUGUCAUCGACGAUACCAUCUGGUCGAAUGGUGACAAGUUCGAUGGUUACCGGUAUUUCAAUCUCCGUCAAAAACCAGAUUCCUCCACAAACCCGGCAUCAUACAACUUCACAUCAACAUCGCCUCAACAUUUCAGCUUUGGUCACGGUUCACAAGCCUGUCCGGGGAGAUUUUUUGCGUCUUAUAUGCAGAAGAUACUUCUCUGCCAUGUGAUUAUGAAGUACGAUCUCUCAGUCACCAUUCCAGAGGAAGGCGCAUGGUUCCAGCGUGCGCACACUCAUGUUGCCCACCCUGGUCUUAAGGCACACAUCACGCGACGAAAGGAGGAAUUCCAAUUGUUGGAAAAGACUGUACAAUAA